AUGGCGCGUACCCGCUCCGCUGGACUAGCUACCGACCACAUCAAGACAACCUUGCAAAAACAACGCGAUGCACACGCGUCCCGCAUCACCAAGAACAAGUCCCCAUCUCAGCUCUGGAAGAUCCAUAGAAGUCGUCCGAGCCGCAAUAGCAGAGGCAUUGAAAAUGCAGCUCCAUACUACAAAAGCUACCAGAACGUUGUGCACCAGGCGUUAAUGCACACGCCCAUCUACCACCAGUGGAUAAGCAAGCACAAGCGCGUCGGACAUGAGUCAACAACUUGCAUUCUAUGCUCGCUGCAAGAUAUCGCGACGCGAUAUUGGGGAGCAGCGGGAGCCACAGUUCCCAUUCCUGCGACAGAUGCGGCAUUGAUGCAGAUAGCGGGCGCAGCAGCCGCAGACGACGUGGCAAACUUUGGGCCCGGCGUUGAAGGCAACGCAAGUGAUUUCUUUGCCUGGCUGACAGAGAACAUGAUGCAUCCCGCACCUCCGAACUUCGAGGUUGCGCUCCCGGAUAUGGGUCCCGUGCCGCCGCAUUGGAAUGAUGAGCUGGAUGCGUUGUUCAAGACCAACCUUGAGACGCGCAUGGAAUGUACGGUUUGUAGUCACACAUGGUACAGUAACACAGUGACGCAGCCGACGUACCAGAUCGAAGGUGAAUACCGAUUUGUGCUGCGUCAUGGGCCACGCCCUGCACUGCUUGAUUACAUCAUCGACCUCUUCUUCAACAAUAUCGAUUUUAACUUCAGGUGUGGAUCGUGCCACAGUUUGAUAGGGGCGCAUCACCGAACGCGUCGAAUCGAAGCAGCGCCGCAGAUUCUAAGGAUUGCGGUGAAUAUCUUUGGUGAAGAUCGAUUGGGGACGGGGGAGAAGUAUCUCGAGCCGUUCGAUGUCCCGCAACAGCUAGACUUGACGCAGCGUCAGGUGAUUACUACACUCCCGUUGACAUACACGUUGAGUAGCGCUAUUGCGCAUGGUGGGGAUGGUGGUCGUACGGAAGUGUUUGGAAUGCCGGAAGCGUCGGCGGACUCGGCUUCGGAGAGCUCAGAUUCAAUCGCGAGUUCUAAUCUUGACGAGGAUGAGUCUGAGCUAUUCAUUGUGAUUGACACUCCUUCGGCGAGCUCUGAGGAGGAGAGCGAAGAUGAGAGUAGUGGCUCAACGGCAGGAACGGAUUAUUCAGACUUGUCAGACAGUGAAAUUGCUGUGCCUUUGUCAGUUGUAGGUGGCUCUCUCUUUACGCUCAAUGAGGUGGCAGUCUUGCCCCAGAAAUCCACCAACAAGAUCGACGUCCAACACAAACACAACCAAGCAUCCCAAUGCAAACGCAUCUCAAAACCUCAUACCAGAACAAACUUGAUUAUCGGAACACAAACCAUGUCCAAACCCCAGUCCCUACACCGAGACAGCGACUCGCCCUCCCCAUCAACAAUCCCAUUCUCCACCCACAGCGCCGAAUCCGACGCCGCGCAAGUCAAUGCCUCGCACCACAUAAUCAGCGUCCGCGGUCCCAAUCACGCAUUCCAUAUUUCCGACUCGCAUACGAUGCAAAUACCGCUUGUAAAUAUGACGGAUAACCCGCAGAACCCGACGGAUGCGUGUUUCAGGCCGGGAGGGUAUCAGGUGUGUGUGCUGACGUAUACGCGAGAUCGACUCAAAGGGAAGGAUAAGAAGUUGGAGGAAUUGGCGGGUUAG